UGGCCGAGGGGCGUGGCGACAAUCCGGAAGUCACGCAAGGCCACGUCUGCGGGUUGAGUCUCUUGGUCCCUGCGCGGAGUCUCCGGGGCGAGGGCGAGGAGGAGACAUGGAUUUAGAUGCUAUUACAAAAUACUCAGUGUUGCAUGCCAAGCCCAAUGGACUCAUUCUUCAAUAUGGGACUGCUGGGUUUCGAGCAAAAGCAGAACAUCUUGAUCACGUCAUGUUUCGCAUGGGAUUACUAGCUGUCCUGAGAUCCAAGCAAACAAAAUCUACAAUAGGAGUCAUGGUAACAGCAUCUCAUAACCCGGAGGAGGACAAUGGUGUGAAACUGGUGGAUCCUUUGGGGGAGAUGCUGGCCCUGUCCUGGGAGGAAUACGCUACCCGUUUGGCAAACGCUGAAGAACAAGAUGUGCAGAGAGUGUUGCUGGAUAUCAGUGAGAAAGCGGCUAUAAAUCUGCAACAAGAUGCCUUCAUCGUGAUUGGUAGAGAUACCAGGCCCAGCAGUAAGAAACUUUCACAGGCUGUUAUAGAUGGUGUUACUGUUUUAGGAGGUCAAUUCUAUGAUUAUGGAUUGUUGACAACACCCCAGCUGCACUACAUGGUAUGCUGUCGAAAUACUAAUGGCCAGUAUGGAAAGGCAACCUUGGAAGGUUAUUACGAGAAGCUCUCUAAGGCCUUUUUGGAACUGACCAAACAGGUUUUUGAUAAUGGAGAUGAGUGUAGAUCACUUAAGGUAGACUGUGCAAAUGGCAUAGGGGCCCUAAAGUUAAAAGAAAUGGAACACUACUUCUCACAGCAGCUGUCAGUUCAGCUGUUUAAUGAUGGGACCAAAGGGAAACUCAAUCAUCUCUGUGGUGCUGACUUCGUGAAAAGUCAUCAGAAACCUCCACAGGGAAUGGAAAUAAAAUCCAACGAGAGAUGCUGUUCCUUUGAUGGAGAUGCCGACAGAAUUCUCUAUUACUACCAUGACACAAAUGGCCACUUUCAUCUCAUAGAUGGAGACAAGAUGGCAACACUCAUCAGCAGUUUCCUAAAAGAACUUCUGCUGGAGAUUGGAGAAAGUUUAAAUAUUGGUGUUGUGCAAACUGCAUAUGCAAAUGGAAGCUCAACAAGGUAUCUUGAGGAAGUUGUGAAGGUACCUGUCUAUUGUACUAAAACCGGUGUAAAACAUUUGCACCACAAGGCUCAAGAGUUUGACAUCGGAGUUUAUUUUGAAGCAAACGGUCAUGGCACAGUACUGUUUAGUAAAGCUGCGGAAACGAAGAUAAGACAACUUGCAAAAGAACUCGGAGAAAAGAAAAGGAACACUGCUAAGAUCCUGGAGAACAUCAUUGACUUGGUCAAUCAGGCAGCUGGUGAUGCUAUUUCUGACAUGCUGGUGAUCGAGGCAAUCCUGGCUCUGAAAGGCUUGACUGUGCAGCAGUGGGAUGCUCUCUAUACAGACCUUCCAAACAGACAGGUCAAAGUGAAGGUCGCAGACAGGCAGGUUAUCAGCACUACCAAUGCUGAGAGACAAGCCGUAACUCCCCCAGGACUACAGGAGGCAAUUGAUGAGCUGGUGAAGAAGUAUAAGUUCUCUCGAGCUUUUGUCCGGCCCUCUGGCACAGAAGAUGUUGUUCGAAUAUAUGCAGAGGCAGACUCACAGGAAAGUGUGGACAGCCUUGCACAUGAGGUGAGCUUGGCAGUCUUCCAGCUGGCUGGAGGAAUUGGAGAAAUACCUCAACAAAGUUUCUGAAGACAAUUUUUAUAUUCUCAAGAAACUGGAUUUUUAGUUUUUGUAAAAUCAUAAUACUGUCAUUAUUGGGACACUCAGACAUGUUGUUUACAGUCAGAGCACCUAACUGGGUUGUUCUGGUUGUUUUUCUUAAACACUACCAGAGUCAUUCUCUACAAGUAGGUACAUCUUAUACUGGUUAAAUUAAGAUUUUUAAAAAGAGGAAACUUACCGCUAAUCCUGAUUUCACUAAUAUAAGAUAUUGGGACUUAAGCAUAUGAUGCAGGCAUAUGAUUCAGCCAUUAACCUUCUAAUGUAUUUAGGGAAAAAUCCUGGGGUUUCUGGGAAAUUAAAUCUUAUUUAUUACCAACUCGUUUUGAGGUAUUUUCCAUCACUAUUACCUAUUAUGUUAUUUUGCAGAACUACUCCCUUGCCAUUAUCACUACAUAUGGGGAUGGUGGUGAAGACUUAGCCUUCAGAACAAAUUUUUUUUUGAGUGCCUUAUGAAAUUCUAAUAACAACCUUUGCCAACAAAGAUAAAUUCUUUCUCUGAAUCCCACUGGCUCGCAUAUGACACAGCUUCAUAAAGCAUGCAGAUAACUACUCUUUUGGAAUUUCAAAUUAAAGAAAAAGAUGACUGGGCUUGUGGAUUUCAUAUAUUCCAAGAAAUACAUAAAUCUUAACUAAUAAUAUCAGUUCCUUCCUUACCAAUAAAACCAUAAGGCAGAACCUAGGGGUGGAAAAAGAAAUGCUUAAAAUGGAAGGGAAAAAAAUACAAGGUACAAGUUCUUACAAAAUCCAUUGUGCCAAGUUCAGAGAUAAGUUACUAAAAGUGAAGCCGCAAUCUAAACACCUCUAUCCAUGUCUUCAAAGGUAUGUAUGCCAACUUAAGGAAGUGCAGAAUUCCUAGACAGUAGCUUCUUAGAGCAGAACUGCAGUGAGAGUGAUCAAAACAGGUUAGUCAAGACACCAUCAAGGUUUUUUUUUUCUGGUAGCUGAAAAGACCAGGAGACAAAAAAACAAAAAGAACAGCUAUCUUGUUUUCCUAGCCAUGAACUGCAUCUGUAGACUGGUAGGCGCCGCCCCCGGAGUGUCAAUGGAUUGCACUUGGUCCUAAAUGGGGGAAACUGUUUCACAGGUCACCUGCUUAUGAGUACAGUGUUCAAGUUGUUGACUUAGGUGAACUAAUCUGCUGGUGCUCUGCAGUUAAAACACAAAAUUCACUCAAUGCUAUCGUACAGUUCAAGGUAUAAAUGAGUGCAGCUCUCAGCUCUGGAAGCUUCACAAAGCAUACUCCUCAAUAUGAGGGAUGGAGAGAUAUCAAAUAUUUUAUUUCUGCAUUUUUUUUCCCCAUCAAGUGUUUCACACUUUUUCUUGCUUGCUUCUGGUUGUACAGACUCAUUUCUGAACCUAGAAAGGUAUACAUAUUGUCUUGACUCAGGGCUUGUAAGAGGUACUCACUCUGAUCAGUAAAGCUACCCAUUCACCUGUCUCUGGGUUGAGCCCAGUCCACAGUAAGCACACACAUGACUGCGCUUUAUCCCAUUUGUGUUUGAGUUUUAGUCAAAAUGGGCCCUGCUGGCCACAGAGCUCAGCAGUAGGCAUAGCGGCCCCUACAUCUCACCGUCUCCUGCCAGACACACAUACUCACCUGCUGCUUCCCAGCCCCUCCCCACCUGCCCAGAACAAUCCUUAGGUAACUCACCUCUUCUGGGAACAUCACUAGGAAUUGAGAGGGGGUGGACGGAAGUGCUACGUCGGCUCUGUACUGAGGUCAGGAUGGUCUUGCUCUACUUA